CGGCGGGCCCCACAAAAAAAGUGCCCAAUUUAUUUAAAGUUUAGACAAGUGAAAAAGGAAUUCUCCUCCACUCCACCUACCAUUUGCAAUUAGAAAUUAGAAACGUGUUCCAGUGUCGUUGGGCCGGCGACCAUGAGCGAGUGCGAGAGUGCCACGGCGGCAAAAUUGCCGGCACACGUUCUGAUAUUUCCGAUGCCACUGCAGGGUCACGUGAACUCUAUGCUGAACCUGGCUGAGAUCCUCUGCAUCUCGGGCCUCCACGUCACCUUCCUCCUAUACGACCACAUCCACGCCCGCCUUCUCCGCCACGCCGACUUCCGAUCCCGCUUCUCCGCCUACCCCGGCUUCCGGGUGGCCACCAUCUCCGACGGCCUCUCGCCGGACUACCCACGCACCGGAGACCGCAUCUUCGACACCAUCCGGAGCUUCCGAGAGGUCGGCGAGUCGGUGUUCCGCCGCCUCAUGGAGUCGACUGACGCGCUGAGCCAAGGCGGAGACAGGCGGCGCGUGAGCUGCAUCAUACUUGAUGGCGCGUCGACUUUCGUUAAUCCGGUGGCUGACGAAUUGAGGAUUCCUCACAUCGUUUUCAGGACCGUCAGCGCGUGUUCAUUUUGGUCGUAUUUCAAUGUUGAAGCCAUAAUUGAGGCCGGUGAGCUCCCUUUGAGAGGCAAGGAUGAAGAAAAAUUAUCCUAUUUAAAACGAAAAGAUAUGGACUUUAGCGUGACAAGCGUCCCAGGCAUGGAGGGCAUUCUCCGCCGUCGUGAUCUCCCAUCAUUUUGCAGAGUAGAAGAAGUGAAUGACCCUUUACUCAACACAAUGUCACUCGAAACUAAAAGAACUACCGAGUCCUCGGGAUUAAUACUCAAUACAUUCGAGGACUUGGAAGGCCCAAUUCUCCAUCAAAUCCGUAAAUGCUUCCCCAAUUUGUAUAGCAUUGGGCCCCUCCACGCGCUUCUCGAAGCCCAUUUAGGUUUUUCGGUUGAACGUUCAAGCAGCUUGUGGGAGGAGGAUCGCGGGUGUUUGGCUUGGCUCGACUCUCAGCCCCCAAAAUCGGUCAUCUACGUUAGUUUUGGAAGCAUCACAAUGUUGACUAGGGAUGAGUUGGUAGAGUUUUUGCAUGGAUUGGUGAAUAGUGAGAAGAGGUUCUUGUGGGUGGUAAGGCCCGAUUCUGUUGUCGAGGGAAAUAAUAAUAAUAAUAAUAAUAAUAAUAAUAAUAAUAAUAAUAAUAAUAAUAAUAAUAAUAAUAAUAAUAAUGUUGAGAUGAUGAUGCGGGAGAUCGAGGAAGGAAGCCAAUCAGAAUCAAGGGGGCGAAUCGUGCGGUGGGCCCCACAACGGGAGAUUUUAGCCCAUCCGGCAAUUGGGGCCUUUUUCACGCACUGUGGGUGGAAUUCGACUCUGGAAGGAAUUGUGGUGGGGUUGCCAAUGGUGUGCUGGCCGUAUUUUGCGGACCAGACGACGAAUAGUAGGUUUGUGAGCGAGGUGUGGAAGAUAGGAUUGGACAUGAAAGAUAGUUGUGAUAGAAGUGAAGUGGAGAGGAUGGUUAGAGAUGUUAUGGAUGUGAGGCGGGAUGAAUUCGUCGACAAGGCUCGUGGAUUGUCGGUUUUGGCGAGGAAGGCUGUUUCGGAAGGGGGAUCGUCGUGUAUGGAUUUGGCGAGGUUGAUUGAGUUUAUCAAGUCCACAGUUUCAUGA